UGGUGUCAGGGCCGUCGCGACCGUCCCCCUCGUCUGCCCUUGCAGGGCUUGUAGAGGGUUGGGACAGCGCUGGGCUCUGCCGGCCAGUCAGGGCUGGCACGUUGCAGCCCGGCGCUGGGUGCUGCAGUGGGACCGGAUAUACGAGCUGGUGUCUCUUGCAGUGCCGCGGGAGGUCGCCCUGCCGGCACCUUUGGUGCUCGGUGCUGUAAAGAGUCUGGAGGAAACCACGUAAUUUUUGAGAACAGGGGAGGGGAAGUUUAAUCUCCGCUGAGCCGUGCUGGAUGAGACACUUCCAGCCCUCAGGGAGCUCUCCCAUGUUGCUUCUUCCUGCGUUUUACCCCUCCUGCUGUGAACUGGCCCGUCAGCUUGCAAGCAGGCUGGUUCUGAGCUCAGAUGGGCUGGUGCAAAUCUCUACUCACCCCGCUCCCUGCAGUUACCCAAGAUGCAGGCCCCGUGCUGGACAAUCUGCAGUCUAAGCCCGAAAACGGAGGAGGGCAGAUGGCUGAGUGCAAGCAGAGUGGGGACGGGGUGGGAUGCAGCGGAGGAGCUGCAGGACGCCGGCGCCUCCGGGCUGCACUGGUGUCAGACCCCCUUUCUUGCAGGCGGUGCUGGUUGUGGAGAAGGCGCUGGGCGAGCUCUGGAUCCAGCUGCCCUGCGUCGACCAGCUGGGCAGCUGCACCUACAGCGACGUCUGCACCAUCCUGGACAACCUCAUCCCUCCGGGGACGACCUGCCCAGAGCCCCUCCUCACCUACGGCAUCCCUUGCCACUGCCCCUUCAAAGCGGCGCAGUGA